GUCCCGUCCUCUACGUGUCCUCUCCCUCUCCUUACUUUCCUCUCUUGUAAGGUAAGGAGAUUUGUGUGGAGGGGAAAGGUGUGCUGGAGGAAAGAUUAAGCUGCAGGGGAGGUGUUGCUGUGACCCUGUGGCCCCCCCCAGGUGAUGUGCGGCCCCCUGGAUGGCUGAGGUGCACGUCAUUGGCCAGGUGACAGGUGCGCGGGGCUUCCCGGACGCGUCGCUGCUCUGCAAGUGGACCCUGCAGCUAGGGGGCGGGUGGAGGCUGGUGGAGGGUCAGGGGGAGGGUCAGACACAAGCAGACUGGUCGGAGGUGGAAGAGGACGUGACCUGGUGCCAUCCGCUCGACAUCCACUUAUCCACGCGGGGCAUCCAGGGGUGGCCGAGACUCCUCCUUCAGGUGUACAGGCAAGACGCACAUGCCCGUGUAGACCUGUGUGGGUACGGGGUGGUGCACAUACCUACACGGCCCGGCGCACACAGCCUCUCCUGCCCCACCUGGAGACCCCUCGGCACCUUCUCCGAGGAGCUCCGCCGGGCCUUCCUCGGGGGCGGACCGCAGUUGCUGUCUACCGAAUUCAUCCACUCCCCCCUCGAACGCUACCGACUUUCUACCGUGGCCUCUGGGACGGUCUUUCUUGAACUCGGAGUAAUUUUGAGAGAUUUUGAAAAGUAUGGAGUGAUGGUUUGAGCGAGAGAGAGAGAGAGAGA